AGUGCUCCGCUGUGCUCCGAGGUCGGCGGUGGCGACGGCGGCGGCGGCGACGCACACAAAAGCGGAUUGUGGCUUCACUGGUGCUCGCGGCGGGCGGCAGCGGGGCACGGGCGGCGGGGCGUGUCGGUGGCCCCCGCGGGCGCGGCGCGGGCGAUGAGCCGGGGCCCGGCAUGGCCUCCGCGCGGCCGCCGGGCAGGGCCUGUGCCUCGGCGUCCGCGCCCGCGGGGCUCCGGGCUGGGCCGGCCGCCUCCCGGGAGUCCGUGGACAGCAGCGAAGCGGAGGAGCGCUCGUUGCAGCACAUGCUGCGCGCCAUAGCCGAGGAGCGCGGACGCCUUAGCCUGCGCCGUGAGGUCUGCGGCCUGGGUUGCUUCAAGGAUGACCGCAUCGUCUUCUGGACGUGGAUGUUCUCUACCUACUUCAUGGAGAAACUGGCUCCCCGACAGGAUGACAUGCUCUUCUACGUGCGCAGGAAGCGAGCCUACCCAGGCAACGAGGGCACCAUCGAUGGGAGGAAGGCUGAGGCUGAGCCUGAGGUGGAGGUAGAAGUGUACCGGAGAGACUCUAAGAAGCUUCCGGGCCUGGGAGAUCCUGACAUCGACUGGGAGGAGAGUGUCUGCCUGAACCUCAUCCUGCAGAAGCUGGACUACAUGGUGACCUGUGCUGUGUGCACGCGUGCCGAUGGGGGUGACAUCCACAUCCACAGGAAGAAGUCCCAGCAAGUGUUUGCCUCCCCCAGCAAACACCCCAUGGACAGCAAAGGAGAAGAGUCCAAGAUGAGCUACCCCAACAUCUUCUUCAUGAUUGACAGCUUUGAGGAGGUGUUUAGUGACAUGACCGUGGGGGAAGGAGAGAUGGUCUGCGUUGAGCUGGUCGCCAGCGACAAAACCAACACGUUCCAGGGUGUCAUCUUUCAGGGCUCCAUCCGAUACGAGGCACUCAAGAAGGUGUACGACAACCGCGUGAGCGUGGCUGCUCGCAUGGCCCAGAAGAUGUCAUUUGGCUUCUACAAGUACAACAACAUGGAGUUUGUGCGCAUGAAGGGGCCUCAGGGCAAGGGCCAUGCAGAGAUGGCAGUGAGCCGAGUGUCCACCGGUGACACAUCCCCCUGUGGGACCGAAGAUUCAAGCCCAGCUUCGCCCAUGCAUGAGCGGGUGACCUCCUUUAGCACCCCGCCCACCCCAGAGCGAAACAACCGGCCUGCCUUCUUCUCCCCGUCCCUUAAGAGGAAGGUGCCACGGAACCGCAUCGCCGAGAUGAAGAAAUCACACUCAGCCAACGACAGCGAGGAGUUCUUCCGAGAGGACGACAGUGGAGCCGACCUGCACAAUGCCACCAACCUGCGAUCUCGGUCCCUGUCUGGCACAGGACGGUCCCUGGUCGGGUCCUGGCUGAAGCUAAACCGAGCUGAUGGGAACUUCCUUCUCUAUGCACACCUGACCUAUGUCACUUUGCCGCUGCAUCGGAUCUUAACAGACAUCCUGGAAGUACGGCAGAAACCCAUCUUGAUGACCUAGUGUGUGUGGAGCCUGCACGGAGCCCCGGCCCUGCCUGGCCCUGGGAAUGCUGCCAAGUGCCUACCUGUCACCGCCAACCGGGGUCUUCUGUGACAAGCCAGCACCGGAGCUACAGCCAGGCAGGGCCACUCGACUCCCGGGGCCAGGGCCGACUCCAUGAACACCAGCCCAAACUGAAGUGCCUCGUCCUCCCUCGCUGGCUCUGCUCCCACCCUGUGCCCGCGCUCAGCCCCCUCUGCCUAUCUGAGAGCCUUCUGCUCCCAAAGAGGGCCAGAGACACCAAGAGAUCAUAGAGAGCGUGAGGGGCUGCCAGCUUCCAGAAUGUUCUUAGACCUCCCAACCUCGGCUCCCGUACCCCUGCUGGGGCUCUGUGCCGAGCAACUGUCCACGCAUCCUACACAAAGCCAGUGGAAGGUUUUGUAAUGCAGUACUGACGAACUUCAGCUCGAGAGUCGGUCCCAACUUGUUCCCCCAGAGUUCUUGUCACAGUGGGUCCCAGCUGGGGGUCAGGGGACAUGAGCUGUUUGUCAGCUGGGAAUACCUCGCCCUAUGCCCAGCUCCAGAAUGGGUCUCAACCCCCAGCUGGGCAGACAGUCCCCGAUCCCCCAGAAUGGCCUUUGCUUCCAUCCAAAGAACACCGCCAACACACACACCUCCGACCCCGAGACGUCCUGCGUUGAUCUCGGCUCUCCGGAGGGACGCAGAAUUCGGUUCUGAAGGAAAGUGGGAGGGUACUUCUGCUGAGGGAUGUCUGAUGGGGACCCGGGUGGAACCCUCUCGGGAAGGUUGUAGGCAGAACCACCCUGGGGCCAGAGCUUAGAGCGAGGCUGGUGCUGUCCCCUUUGCCCCGUGCUUUGGUCAGCAUGCUGGUCUUGUCUUCAGCCUGGCUUUCUAGGCAGAGAGGAGACCAGGCUUCUUAUGAGUCUGCAUUGUCCUCAGUGGGUGCAAGAGGCCAUGUGGGUCAUCAGCCCAUGCCUCACCCUGGCAGUGUGCUCUAACUGAGGCCUCCUCUACCCAACUGGAAUAAACUGGAAGCUGAGCCUCCUGUUGCUGCUGGGUCUAGUGCCCCAGAUCCAGAGAACUCAGCUGUGUAUGUCGAGCUCAGCCCCUCUGGGUUGGAGAGCAGGCUUGGGAGCGUGGCUCCUGUCUGGCUCCAUUCCUUGGUCUCUGGGAGUGGGCACUACUUUGGGGCUUUCUCCAGAUUUUGUAUGUUGUUAUUAAAAGCGAGCUAUUGCAUUUCAUUCUGCCUCAGUUUGCCCACCUGUAAAAUGGGGCUGAUACCACCUACCUCACUGAAGUGGCCAGGGUUCAAGUGCAUGGCUGGGUCAGGGUUUGCUCACCUGUCAUUCUUCAUAGCUCGGUUGGGUCUUAGCUGUUAGGCAGUGAGGUAGCUUGCCUCUCCUGCCUGCUCUGAAAUAACUCCUUCCAAAAGCACGGACGAGUAGUGUAAGCUUAGACACUGGUACUGUGCUGGAGCCUGGGUCCUGAUGCUAAUCUAACCAUCACAGCAGAUUCACAUCCUGUUCCGGAAUGCCAGAGUACCUCAGGUUUAUGGGUGUGGCCCUCCUUUCUAGGAUAGCCAUUCCUCCUGUAGGGCAUGUGAAUGCUGUCCCCACAGUUGUAUCUAGGGAGGUCACAGGGCCUGCCACUUCAGGAACCUGGCCAUUCUGUGGUCUGAACACAGGGGAAAUAUAUCUUAGGGGAAAUAUAGCUUAGUGUGGCUUCUGUGGAAGACUGAGGCAGUCUAGGGCUCAUUGUAAUUCCAUGGCUUCUCUUCUGGGUGUUCCCUCUAGCAGAGCUCAGCCAUACUCUCUUGGCUGGACCAACUGUGAGUACAAGCACUUCCCAGGCUGUCGGAAGGUCCAGGGUCUGUGUCACACCCCUUGACUCUGUGUGGCACUCAAGCAUACUGAUCCCCGCUCAGGUACCACCAUUCCCUAUGUAGAGGAGGGAAGCACCCUAGAGACACUGUACAGCGGCAGGAGGCAAGCUUGGUCUGCGCCCCAGCCUAUGGUUUGAACCAUACGGCUGUCCCCAAGUACACAACUAGACAUUUAUUUGGUCGCAUUUCCUCUUUCUCCAGAGGGCACUUUUGAGUUCCAAACAUGUUCAGAGGCCCCUUGAGAACUGGGUUAGGAUUCUGACAUCAGAGGGCAUGACAUGGUGGCACUUGUGUGCAAUCCUAGCCCUGGUGCCGAGGCAGGAGGAUAGUUUCUGGAUAGCCUGGGCUACUUAGCAAGACCCUGUCUCAAAGUGACAAAUGACAGCAGAAGCACCCAGAAUCCUGGGGAUGACAGUUUGGCUUCUAGGGCUGUCACUGAUUUUUCUUGGGGACAUGUCUGUUCUCACACAACACAGGGUGACAAGGAACAACUGGAAUUCAAGUACAGUUGUGUUCUGCGAAAACCUAGGUCCAGUCUUCAAGACACUAAGAAACCUUUGUGUCCCUUAGAGGAGGCAUUCCUGUUUGUUCAGGUAGCAUCCAUCUUGCCUCCUGGGAUCUUGCUAGCAUCCAGACUGCCUACAGUGAGGUAGCCCAGGCUCAUUACCCCCCAAAGGAUUAUUAUUGAAAACACAGGCAAAAAAUAAAUACACUAGGCAUGGUGGCAGCCUGGUCUACAUAGCAAGUUCGGGAUAGCCAGGGCUAUAGAGUGAGACCUGUCUCAAAAAAAAUUUUCCUGUGUAUUUAGUUGGUCCAGUCUAGUGUGUGUGUGUGUUCAUAUUCAUAAGUUUUAAAUUUCUGGUCUAAACUCUGGAUGUACUGAGUUUUAGGUCCUGUCCGUUUUUCACAUUGGCUGUUUUUUUCUCACUUUAAAAUCUGAGUAUCUUAACAUCACCCCGUCACACAGCUUCUCUGUUUAGGUUCCCUUACCUUUGUAUCAUUAAGUAGGACUGUCCCUGUGGACACGGUGACCCUAAAAAGUAAAUAGAACACUCAAAAGGGACGUGAAUGUGCAGGUACCAUGGGUCUGGGGUGACCUGCUUCACAGAAGUCACCGACCUUGGCAUGGUAGCUACUGCCUUCUGUGUCUGGACCUGAAGAGUGGAGCUGGGGUCUGGAGACCUCGUGUAAAUAUCUUGAGCUUGAACCAAAAGUAGCCUCUUGGGGCAUCUGCAUUGGCCCUUCCAGGGAGGAAGUCAGAAUGCUGCCCUGUCCUUCUAGGUGAGGAGUGGUGAGUAGAUACUGACACGCACCUCCAAACCUUUCUCUGAGCCCCUGGGACCAGCAGCCAGGGUUAGAAUAUCACACAAGCUAAGUGAUUUGAUAGCCUGUGGCUGGGGUGGAGAUCUGAGUUCUGUAACAGGGAGAGCCCCACAAGUGGAGGAAGCCAUGGAGUUCGGUGUUUAUCUACUUCCAAGGUGACUUCAGGCCAUGAGUUGCCAAUCGGGCUCUCUGUUGUUUUUGAGACAGGGUCUCUAUAGCCCAUGCUGGCUUCAAACUUACUGUACACAGAGGGUGAUCUUGAACUCAUGACCCUCCUUUCACUUCCAUGUGUUGGUGUUAACAGGGUUCCACCACCAUGCCGGUUUUAUGCUGUGCUAGGGGUAAAACCCAGGGCUUUGUGCCACUGGGCAAGCACUCUCAUCAUCUGGGCUGCUCCCCUCAGCUUUCUUACCUUCUGUUGACCUCAGCCCCUCCCUUUGUAGAUCAGGACACUUGAUGCAAAUAGCAGUGUUCUUUCUUUCAAAAUUGUUACAUGAGAAUUUACACUUACAAAAAUGUUUUGUUUUGCUACUUCAAAACUUCUGAUUUCUACAAAAAAACAUUUCAAUGAAGACAUGAGGUAGCACACAUAGAAUGUGUUAGUGUGCGAAUUAUGAGUGGCUUUCCCUUGAACACCCAUACCCAACAGAAGGCCAGCCUCUCAAGGCAGGCUUAGUGGUGGCUGUUGACUUUGUGAUUCCAUCUUUCUUUGAGACAUUGCAUUAUAUUUUAGAGACAUUUCAAGUGAAUUUUCUUUUAAAUGCCCCCAUCUUUAAUACAUGUUUCACAUUAAUACAAACAAAUAGCAAAUCAAGGGAAUGACCUUGACUUUGAUAACAUUAUGAAAUGGUAUCCUCUGGGGCUGACAGACGCCAUACCACAUACUGGUUGGUCUGUGAAGACCCUGUGAGAGGGAUAGUGACCACCCUAGCCAGAGUGUGGGCAUUUCCAAAGCUGACCACAUGAUAUAUUUUGGGCUCGGUUCUGUGCUCCCAUGAAAAUACACCCUGGCAGUAUUUGGACUGCAAACUCUCAAAGCUUUUCUAAGAGAACCCCCUAAAAACCAUCACAGUAGCAGGAAGAUGGCUGGAAUAGAAGUUGGGACCCAAAAUGGGAGUUCAGAAAAGAUCCUGGCAGGCAUCUGACUUUCCUUGUUGCGGAGCUCCUCUGCAGUGGGGGUGAGAGGUGGGGGAAGGGGGGAGCAUGGAGGGUGAGAUCAUCUGGCUGGCUCUUUCUAGGGCCUGUAAUCAUCACGGGUCAGAAAUAUAGCCACCUUCCAUGCAAAUGGGUUUCUAAAACAUGCCAAAUGACUUAUGUCACAAAGAAUAGGUCCUAAUAUACUGUAUACCCCGGGGUUAGACCUGCAGUGGAGACAGAGAAAGGGAGACUGAGGGGACAUAUAGUAAGGAGCCAGUCACUACCCUAGGAACACCAGACCAGGAGGGUUUUUCUGAACUGCUACAACUACAAGGAGGUGGGAAGGAGGCAGCGGCUUGGCAGGAAACCCAUGCCCCCUUGCUAUCCACAUCACUGGGUAGCCCUUUCAAGUGGCCUGAAGCCUCUGCUCUGGAAGCUGGCUGCCCUGCUGGCCUUCCGUCUCCCAGCUGCCUUGGGAGGGCAGUUCUGCUCUCAGGUCUUUUAUCCUGACUCAUACAUACCUGUAAGGAGCCGCUGUCAGCCUGGAAGAGAAUGUUCCCCGGAAAGGAAAACCUUCCAGAACGUAUGUAGAAGAGAGGAGUGUAAAAUAAUGCAGUCUCUGUAGCUCACUGUAUAUGCCCAUGUCAACUGGAGACAUCAGACUUUGUGCUUGUUAAAGGGAAGGAAGCUGGGAAAUGUGAGGAAGGAGAAGCUUGCUUUGGGGAUGGGCGAUGAAUGUUCCUGUUCUUAAGUGUCACUCACUUGCCUCCUACAGCCUCAUGGAAGCCAGUGGGCCAUCAAAACUUUUCUCUCUUCUAUGUGGAUGGCUCUUUCAUUUUGGACUCUGACUUUAAUAAAGCAAUUAGGUUGCUCAGUUUGAAAUAACCAUUGUUUCUGGUGAACUUUGAUUAUAUUUUGAAUAAACAAUUUUACUCAAAAGACUUAAGCCAAUUCUAGAAA